AUGAGCAUGAGGUCAGAUUUCGUUCUGUCUGAAGUGAGAUACGCACCUGUUUGGUCAUAUGAUGAUGAGAAGUCCUGGCCCGGUACACAGUGCAAAAAUGGCGGGAAACGACAGUCACCCAUAGACAUACGGACUACUGACGUCAUCAAUGAUUUCUCCAAGCAAUUCAUCAAAUACGGACCGCUUGUGUUCAGCGGGUACCACAGUGUAUUGGUAUCUGGUAUCAACAAUGGACACACUGUGCAGUUCAGUACGGAAGGAGAUGUGGCAAUUCACCCAACACUCACGGGUGGCCCUCUGGAGCAUAUGUACCGACUCGAGCAGGUGCACUUCCACUGGCUUUCAGAACACUCCAUUAAUGGUAUCAAAUAUCCUAUGGAAAUUCACUUUGUUCAUGUUCGCUCCGACCUCGCUGUUGUCGAUGCCUUGAAGAACAAAGACGGUCUCGCUGUGGUAUCUGUGUUUUGCAAUGUCCAAGCAGAACUAGAUGAGUAUCAGCAGGAGUCUACGAAGGAAGUUAUGGAACACAUUCCUAAAUUGUUGGAACCUGGAAAGAGAAUCAGUGGAAUCAUUCUGGAUAUGAGAAAACUGUUAAGCGUGAACUCUGAAUCGUACUACACGUAUGCGGGGUCACUGACAUCGCCAGAUUGCAACGAGGUUGUCAUUUGGAUUAUAUUUGACACACCAAUUUAUUUAUCUGACGCUCAGUAUCGGCUGUUCAGCAAAGUGGGUGUAGGUCGCCACAACUUCAGGGGUCUCCAGAAGGUGAACAGCCAUGAGGUGUACCGACCAGCGCAUGCUACCAUCACCACGCCGCAGAUCGUCAAAGUCCUCGAUGACAUGGUGCAGCUUGUCGCUCAGUUCUUUAGGAACGUCACCAAAUUUAUGACGAAAGGUAUAAAGACGCGAUAACCAGAAGGCAGUACCUGAAAUAAUUAGUACAGUCAGCCAGAG